CACCAAUCAGCGCACCCGCACAGCUCGUGCUGGAGCGGCAGGAUCAUGACAAUGGUUUUCUUUCAAUGAAGGCACGUUGACUCUCCAGGUCACUGACAUCCUUCACUCUUAACUCCGACCAGUUGGCUGUACAUGGAGACCCCCAGCUGGGCAGAAACUAAACCAGGAAGUGGUCUGUGCAAACCAGGAAACAUCACUCUGCUCGGGAACGUGGUGUACAGUGGGCUGUUCAACGAACACUUCUGGCACUUUGGGCUUCCUCUUGUCACCAGACUGGGUAACCAAGAAGCCCCAGCUCCCCCUGAAGCAAUGGCUCAACCCUUUCCACCGGCCCAGUACCCUCCCCCACCACAGAACGGAAUCCCCGCUGAGUAUGCCACACCCCACACUCACCCACCAACCGACUUCACAGGACCAAAUACGGUUGCCGAACAUGCCCUGACGCUGUACACGCCGACACACACGCAGAGCGAACAGUCCGUGAAUGACAGCAACGUUCCUGCACUCUCAGCCAACACAGUAACGUUUUGCUUGCUUAAAGAUGGUUUCUCAGGGGAGGCUGUGUGGAGAGAAUGUUCUCCUCACCACAGUUACAAGCAGGUAGAUGACGUUGCACAGACGGAGGGGUCGCAGCAUCUUCACCUGCAGCCAAGUGACACAUCAGAGAAACAACAGCCCAAAAGAUUACACGUCUCCAACAUACCUUUCCGUUUCCGAGACCCCGACCUCCGGCAAAUGUUUGGGCAAUUUGGCAAGAUUUUAGACGUGGAGAUUAUCUUUAACGAGCGAGGCUCCAAGGUCAAUAACGCCACUGCAAGAGUAAUGACCAACAAAAAAGUGGCAAACCCUUACACAAACGGGUGGAAGUUGAAUCCAGUGGUCGGAGCAGUGUAUGGUCCUGAAUUUUAUGCAGUCACAGGCUUUCCAUACCCCGCCACAGGAGCAGCGGUGGCCUAUAGAGGGGCCCAUUUGAGAGGGAGGGGCCGGGCUGUCUAUAACACGUUUCGCGCUGCACCACCUCCUCCACCCAUACCAGCCUACGGAGCUGUGGUCUACCAGGAUGGAUUUUAUGGGACAGAAAUAUAUGGCGGAUACGCAGCUUACAGAUAUGCCCAGCCAGCUGCUACUGCUGCAGCUGCAUACAGUGACAGUUAUGGCAGAGUCUAUGCAACAGCGGACCCAUAUCACCAUACGAUCGGUCCAGCAGCCACAUAUACCGUGGGCACUAUGGCUAGCCUUUACAGAGGAGGGUGCAGUCGCUUCACUCCCUACUAGAAAGGAGGGAGUCACGCCCACCCCCCCACCCCCUUUUCCUUCCCCAGCAAAAAUAAACACAUAAAAAGUAACAGCAGACAGAAUCUCAAAAUAACCAUCCCUUUCAUAGGGAAGAAUGUGCAAUGCUUCCAGGUGGCAAAUAGAAUCCUCAAAUUGGUUCUACUAUUAUGGUUAUUGAUGUAUGAAUGCAUUUAUGUACAGUAUAUAAUGUAUUCAUCUUUGAAACUUAUUCUUCACUUGUGGGGAGGAGGAUAGAGGAGUAGUUAUCAACGUGGGAAAUCUUUAAUCCCAAUUUUUGUGUGCUCUCUCCAAGUUGGUCUGUACUUCAGCUUCUUUGGGAUGGCUUCGUGCAGUGGGUUUAAAUUCCAUCCAAUCCCCCAACUUUAUUGUUUCAGUCAUUUCCCCUCAUAUUCAUUGAAAGCGGCAAACAGCAAAUUUCAGUUUGAGCCACAAAUUUACCGAUGGGAUUCAUUACAUAAAUAGAAUAACCCAUCCAUCCAUUUUCCAAGCCGUUUAUCCUCACAAGGCUCCUGUAGUUAUGGAGCCCAUCCGAGCUAACUUCGGGUUAAAGGCGGACUCCGCCCUGAAAUGGUCACCAGUCAGUCCAUUUGGCCCACGGAGUGCUGGCUUCAUUGUAAGAGAACCGAUAACUGGAGCUGACUUAAUGGAACGUACAACUGUUAAACCCGAAUAAGGUGAAACUGCAACAAAAUGCUCAGGAUUAAGUGAUGCAUAACGAGUGGCAGGCAGAGCGUGAGGACAGUGAUCUAUUACUGACUCUGAAUGCAGCAGGAAGUGAUGUAUGGUGGGGUGUGGAGAAAGAGCUAUGGCAGCCAUUGCGAAAUGGGCUGCAGUGCGUUUGAGUCAAUUGAUUGUUGGCUUGAUGCCAGAGGCAGGAGGUAUCCCAUUACUUCUGAAUUGCUUUACACGGGGAAAACACAUUAUUUUCACUUGAUUCCUCCCGUUUCCUGUCUUUUCGCAUCAUGCACACACUAAGCAAUAACGGCACGUGAGAAAAGUUACUCACAUGUAAUGAACUUUUUUUUUUUUUACUCCGGAUAUGAUUUUUUAAAAAAAGGCUGUAUGUUAAAGUCUCAUCAAUCACACAAGCGGCAUUCAUUGCAAGCUGGUUGACCAGAGUCUGCCAAAAUCACAGGUUUAAAUGCUUUGGCAUCUUCUGGAUUUAUAAAUGCAGCAAACAAGCCUUGGAAUUGGCAUAUGAUGAGUUCGUGGCCUUCUGCUGAAUGUCAAGCCAUCAUAUUGAUUAUUGGUUCCACGGGGAGGAGGGGUCAAACAUAGUGAGGGAUACUGUAAAUACUGUCAAUAAACUCCAAAUAUUUCCUAAGAUUGAUGAAAUAAGAAUUAGCUGUGAAGCUAGUGAAUACAUCAUGUUUCAAAAAUCAGUCCAGUAAUAAAUAUCCCAUCAAAUACUGUACACUUUAGAAUUUGUACCCUUAUUUGUUAUCAAUAUUACGAGCCAGCGACAUAUCACAAACUUACAUUUUUUUGCAACAUUAUUCCUCCAAAUAGGUUUGCUUUUACAACAGAAGCCUCUCGUUAGGUUUCGCGAAUGGAGCAACUCCCUGAGAAGAAAAUUAAAGUCAAUAUCUUGAAAACAAAGCUUAGUUAUUCUUUCAUAUCUAAAAGGUAUAUGGAAAUGAGCCACAUGAUCCACGAAGAUGGGUAAAAUAGUUCGUGGCACUUUAUUUGGCUGAAAGUGUGUUAUCCAGAAAUAUCCCUUCAGUACAGUAACAUGGUCCCAGCAGGCAGUUGUUCCAAAUGCAUCCACCAAUUCCACUGUCUCACACACAAAGUCGUAUACACCAAAAAAAAACACGCAUAUAGGAGCCCCCUCACCAGUAAAUAGCAUCUGUGCCGGCUGUGUCUGAUAGGAUCGUAAAGACAGGAGUCAGUAGCGCAGGAAGAGAAGAGCAGCAGUAACUGAGGCAAUAUACGCCGCAGAUUAGAGAUAAGAGAAUUCAGUCAAUAGGCACUGAUCUCAUUUGAAGAUAUACUAGACGGACUGGACUCACACAAGCACGCACAAAUUCAUACUUGCGCCCCUAGCUGUCACCGUUGAUCGUCUUUUUUCUUGUUCCCUCACUGUUUUAAAAAAUAUGGAUUGAAUAAAAAACUCUGGUCGCUGUUUUACUGUGGGCAAACAAAAUAUGGGGCUGGAAUAGAAGAAGCACUGUCUGAACAGAAACCUGUGUAGAGCCUGACAACGCAUCUUAAUGGUUUUAUCUUUGUCAGAGGACUUGCAUGAGGCCGUUCGGUGGUCAAGUUGCAGAUUGCACGCAUUGCUGGACGGGUAGGCAAGCAUUAGCAUUAGCAUUACCAUGGAAUGCAUUUGUCACUACUAAUAUUUACAUAAAUAACAAUCAGUUACAU